GUCAGCGGUAACCUGCAAACAGGGUAUCAGUUGCUAACAAUAUGCCUACCUUGGACCCGGAACAGCUGUUAAUCAGGGAAAUGAGAGAGGAUGAAGCCCCCAUUGUUUUGGAACUUUUGAAGGAUGGAUUCAAAGAUACAGAAAACCGCUUGAUACUUUAUGUGCUGACACGGCCACUAGCCUUGUUACUGAUGGCAGUUGUGAGCAGUGGACUACGCUUCUUCCUGAACUCCUUUGUGGUGGCCCUUGUGCUGCCAGUACUCCUCACUGUAGUGGCUCUGAAACUUCUGCUGUGGCGCUCACCAGACCUUAAACAUUUGCAUGCCUAUUACAGUGCAAGCCAUCGUGGGCUGUGGGUGGCUGUUUAUGAUGAUGAUGAUGUGUGUGGUUGUGUGGCUUUGGAGCCUCUUGAUAGAGAGCCACACACUGCUGAGCUCAAGCGCUUGGCUGUCAGCCGAUGGUACCGGCGCUCUGGGGUGGGUCGGUGCCUCCUUCAUUUUCUAGAGGCACAAGCUCGUGCACAGGGCUUCAGAUUCCUGGUGGCCCAGGUCUCCGUGGUGGCUAAGGCUGCUAUUGGUCUCUUUGAGAAUACUGGCUAUAGUGUGAGUGGUGGGCGCCCGUGGUUGGGUUACACUGUUCAACAAGAGUUUAACAAAGAGCUUUAGAACUGUAUCUACUAGUCUUGCACCAAGCUGUUAGGCAAAGGAGCAUGUUUUUGAAUAAUGUUCUUGAACAAAGAAAACACAGAGUUUCAGAAACAGACUGUAGUUAAUGAGGCAUCUCUAGGUCCUAAGCAGUAGUUACUAUUAACAUAGUUUCUGCUUAGAAAACAAAGUAUGACUGCAAAGCAAAUCAGGAUAAAGGAUUGUUUGUGUCUUCUUCACAGUCUGGUAUAGCAAUCAAACUGUUAUUUGGGAUUUCUGUUCCACAUUAUUCACUGAGGCUCAUUUCCUGUGUCCUUUUUUGGGGUCAGAGUAACUUCACAUUUUAUACAAAAGGAACAGCAAAUUCAAUUGACUGAGAAAAUUUGUGUGUGUGUGUGUGUAUACACACACACGU